GUGACUUUGAUCAGUAGCUAGUCUAGUGAAGAUGGCCGAAAACAAUGGCAGUGAUUAUUGAGUUAACUUUGCGUUCUCCUGGCACUUGUCAACAAAGAAGUUAUCUUUAAUAAAAAAGCAUAUAACAUAGGCACAAGACGUAUCUGCAUACUUAUCAUAUAUCAUUCCAGUGAGGGAUAUAUUAUGGCAACUGCUAUUCAAAAGAAUGGCAUGAAACCUUUAACAAACACAUCGAUAAAUCACGUAGAGGAUGUAAAGAAUUUAGACAAUACCAGCAUAUGUAAAGAAGAAAAAGAUGAGAGGAUAUUUGACGGACAGAUCCAACCUUACAUGGAGCCUCAUGAACAAGAACCUCGUGAAUUGGAUAUCGUUAUCAAUAAUGUAGUUUGCAGCUUCAGUGUUAGGUGUCAUUUAAAUUUACGAGAAAUUGCACUAAAUGGAUCUAAUGUGGAAUAUAGAAGAGAGAAUGGGAUGAUUACUAUGAAACUAAGGAGACCAUAUACUACUGCUUCUAUAUGGUCUUCUGGCAAAGUAACAUGUACCGGUGCAACUAGUGAAGUUCAAGCAAAGAUAGCAGCCCGCCGCUUUGCUCGUUCACUUCAGAAGCUUGGAUUCAAAGUACGAUUUAACAAUUAUAGAGUGGUUAAUGUACUGGGUACAUGCUGUAUGCCAUUUGCAAUCAAGAUAACAUCAUUUUCAUCAUGUCAUAAAGAAAAUGCAGAUUAUGAGCCAGAAUUACAUCCUGGUGUCACAUACAAGCUGAAGGAACCAAAAGCUACAUUGAAAAUAUUUUCUACUGGAAGUGUCACUGUAACAGCUCCCAAUGUUGCUGCUGUCCAAGCUGCAAUUGAAUAUAUUUAUCCACUAGUCUACGAAUUUCGUAAGGAGAGAACGACAGAAGACGAAGUUGCCCUAACAACGAAGAAGCGUAGAAUGGGGCUAAGAAAAAGAAGUCGUGAUGAGUUCCUACAUGAUCCAGAUUAUAUAUAUGAUACCAUGUUCUCUGACGAGGAGGAGGAAGAAGAAGAGGGUGAGAGUGACGCCAGUUGGGACUGAGCUGUUUAUUUCGCUGCUCCUCUGUUAAUUGUGAAACUGUUAUACUUCUUAUAUCUUGUUUUACAAGGAAAAGAAAAAA